GCUUGUAGAGUCAGCUUGUGGUCGUAAUACCUCAGCACUGGGGCUUGUGUGAGGGUGGACUUCAGUGUCUGUAAGGCUGAGCUGUGGUGUGGGCACCACUGCCAUGCUGCAUCCUUUUUAAGUAGCUGUGUGACGGGAUGUCCUUAUAUGGGAGCUUCCUGUCAGACGAGCAGUUCCUGUGCUCGAUCUGCCUCGACGUGUUCACCAACCCUUCGACCACGCCCUGCGGACAUAGCUUCUGCAUGGCCUGCAUCAGCAAGUACUGGGACGGCUCGAAGGUCUGCCAGUGUCCUCUUUGUAAGACAACCUACCAAAAGCGACCAAACCUCCAGAUCAACAGGACGCUGCGAGAGAUCACCAUUGAGUUCAGAUCCAUGACAGGAGGAGGAGUGUGUGUCCAUCCCGAUGUCGCCGGUCUCAUCCUCACUGGCUUCUUCGGUACCGAACCACAGUCCUCUCAGUGCCCUGGUGAACCCCUCCGGACCUCCUCCUCCUCCUCCUCCUUACCACCGCACCAGCAGCCGGAGAAGGUUCACCGUGAGCGGGACGUCCAGCAGCUGGAGCCUCCCAGUCUAGUCCACGGAGGUUUAACAGUGUGCUGGUUUCAGAUGUACUGCCGGACCGAUCGACUCUGUAUCUGCCCUGAGUGUGAGACCGAGGACCACCAGGCUCACGACACCGUCACUCUGGAGGCCGAGUGGAUGGAAACCAAGGACCAGCUGAGUGUAUCAGAGCAGGAGAUCCGUGAGAUGAUCAGACAGAGAAUCAAGAAGAUCGAAGAGAUCAGACUGUCAUCAGCUGAACUGGAGUCGGCGGUGGAGCGAGAGACGGCGGGCAGCGUCUGCCUGUUUGCCGAGCUGGUGUCGGCCAUCCAGCGGGCUCAGGUGGAGCUGAUGGAGGUGAUGGAGAUGAGCCGGAGGGCUGCCGAGCACCAGGCCGACGCCAUGAUCCGACAGCUGGAGCUGGAGGUGGAGGAGCUGAGGAGGAGGGAGAGCGCCCUGUCGGAGCUCGCACACUCAGAAGACUACAUGCACUGUGUCAAGACCUUCCCGCUGCUCUGCAGCCCUCCCCCCACCAGGGACUGGUCGGGGCUGUCGGUGAACUCUGACCUGGGCACCGGGACCGUCUACAGGUCUCUGGCUGCUCUGGUGGACCAGUUCCAGGAAGAGCUGAAGGUCAUCGCAGGGACAGGUUUUCCUGCCUCCGUCCUGGAUCCCAGUCCGGCCCGGACUCAGCCCAGGAUGAGGAGGGUGCAGGAGUACGCAGUGGAUGUGACUCUGGACUGUAACACUGCUCAUCCCAGACUGAUCCUGUCAGAGGACAUGAAGAGUGUGAGAUGUGGAGAUCGACACCAGCUGCUUCCAGACAAUCCAGAGAGGUUCGACAGAGUCGUCUGUGUGAUCGGGAGGGAGGCCAUCUCCUCUGGGAGGCACUACUGGGAGGUGGAGGUGGGCGGGAAGACGGACUGGGAUCUGGGCGUGGCCAGACAGUCCAUCAACAGAAAGGGGAAGAUCGAGGUGACUCCCAGUAACGGCUACUGGUUCCUCAGCCUCAGAGACAAGAGUAAGUAUGCCUUCCGGACCGAGCCAUCCACAGACGUGCAGCUGAACCUGCGUCCUCAGAGGAUCGGGGUGUUUGUGGACUUUGAUAAAGGACAGGUUUCUUUCUACAACGUCGACGCUAAAAUCCACAUCUACACUUUCAACGACACGUUCACCGAGUGCAUCUUCCCGUUCUUCAGCCCCUGCACCAACAAGUCAGGGAAGAACGACGGGCCGCUGGUCAUCACGCCGGUCAACACGGCAGAGUGACUCCUGGAACUUACUCCUCUCUCCUUCUCCUUCUCCUUCUUCUUCUUCUUCUUCUCCUUCUUCUUCUGGUCAUCACGCCGGUCAACACGGCAGAGUGACUCCUGGAACUUACUCCUCUCUCCUUCUCCUUCUUCUUCUUCUUCUCCUCCUUCUCCUUCCUCUUCUUGAACCCUAGAAUGGUUCAAGUCUUAUCUCUCAAACAGAACCUUCUCAGUUAUCUUAGGAAAUGCCUCAUCAUCUGUGGCCCUUUAACAUGUGGUGUCCCCCAGGGCUCUAUCCUUGGCCCAUUGCCAAAUCAUCAGUAAACACAAUGUGCAAUAUCACUGUUAUGCCGACGACACACACAUUUAUCUUCCACUACAAACCAGUGAAAAGGGCAAUUUUAAUAAACUUUUAUUCUGCUUAACUGAUAUGAAAUCCUGGAUGACACAAAAUCUCUUACUGCUGAACGAAGACAAAUCUGAAAUAAUCCUUUUUGGUCCCACAACAACCAUUCCUACCUUACCGAACCACCUUGAAUCCCUGUCUUACACUGUCAGGGUGUCCUCUUUGUGUGUGUGUGUGUGUGU